GGAAGAUUCAGUUUCUCCUAAACAGUCGUUAAUCUAGUGCUAGUGGUUGAUUUGUACCAGUGAAGUUUUUACAAUGUUUUGCUUAAAGCUGGCCCUGCUCUGUCUGGCUGUCGCCGGAUCAGCCUCUCCCGUGGUCUACCAAGAAGAAGACGCCAACGUCCUACAGUACGACGCUCAGCCGCAAGAGCACGAAGAGGACCACAUCGUGGACUACUACGCGCCGCCCAAGUACACGUUCAAGUACGGCGUGAACGAUUACCACACCGGAGAUAUCAAAAGCCAGCAGGAGAGCAGAGACGGAGACGUGGUCAAGGGGCAGUACUCGGUGGUGGAGCCGGACGGGUCCGUGAGGACCGUGGAGUACACCGCUGAUAAACACAGCGGGUUCAACGCUGUGGUGCACAAGACGGCGCCCACGCAGCACCAGCAGCAGGCGUACCAGGAGGAAGUGACGCCGCAGCAGCACUACUAAGGACAGGUGGAAGAGUAUUUAUUGAGCUUUAUUUAAAGGAGGUUGUUUAGGUUCUAGUCUUUCGAUUUGUAUUGUUCCUCUGAAUUUUGAUUGCUUUGUAAUAAAUUUUUGUUUUUCCUUAAA